UUAUAUUAGUUCAUACUGGUAUUCAUUGGUAAAUGAAGAGGGAGAAAUUACACACACACAAACACACACACGUGUUAGGCUUUUAUUUGUGCACAUAACAUUGAAACUAUCUAUGGAGUGUGUGGUGGCUGCUUCAUCAGUUGGAGCUUCUUCCACAGGCUUAGGCUGCUUUAUUAUUUUUUUUUUUAUUAACCAUCAGAUGGCGUUGUUUUCGACACUCUGUAAGCUUUUAAUCUUUUCCCGGGGCAGUCAGGGUAAAGCCUCCAUGCUUUAUGAGGCUACUUGACUGUCAUUUCUAGCAAAACCCCGAACUGUCAAUCACCUCAUCAACCACGGGCAUUUAUUUAUUUUUCAACAGAUAACUCCUUUAUCGUAAGGAAAGAUAUUGGGGGAAAUAUCAAUUUCAACCGAAAGUGUAAAAACAAUUUUAAGUAAGAACAAUACUCCCAGUCAAUCAUUUGUGGUGAUGUAACUUUAAAUGUAAGUUUAGGGUCUGGCGUUUUUUCUACGUACUUCCGUUCUUUUCUUGGGAAAGAGCCUAUUGAAAACACCUACUUCCGGUCUGUGGGGCGACUCUGAAUCAUGGGGCGAAUCAGAAACGCCAGCAGGCGGAACAAUUAUGGGCCUUGUUCGACUAUUAUGAUUUCCCAACACUGAAGCUGGAGCGCUGAACUGAACUGGUCAAGGCUGAAGUUGGAGCCAAACCUUACAACGUGCAUGAUCAACAUUUGGAUCGGUUAAUAACGUGGGAAAUUCUGUGGAAUAGUUGUCCGAUUCCACCUGUCCUAUGGCAUGGCUUUUGAAGAACUUGAUUUUCUUCUAAACUCCAAGAAACUGGGAACUUUGUAAGUUGUACAAGACACCUUAACGUUCGAAGGGGUGCUUUUCCUAAAAAAAUAAAAAUGGAUCAGCAAGCAGCUGGUGCGGAGGACCCCAAUAAGCAACCGAAAAAGAAAUCAAAUGAUGAUGAUAGUAAGAACAAAAAGCUGAAUAUACAAAUUAAAACAUUGGCUGAUGACAUGCGUGACAGGAUUACAAGCUUUCGAAAGCAGGGCACAAAGAAGGAGAAGCCCGUUAUCCAGCACCCAACAGACCCCGUCUCCACGCCUUCUGAGCUACCUGUACCGCAGCCACUUUUUGAUGAGCGUUCAUUGAACCUCUCUGAAAAAGAGAUUGUUGACUUGUUUGAAAAGAUGAUGGAGGAUAUGAACCUGAAUGAAGACCGUAAAGCCCCUCUACGUGAAAAGGACCUGAGCACUAAACGAGAGAUGGUUGUCCAGUACAUCUCUGCCACAGCUAAAUCUAUAACUGGGAGCAAAGUGGCGGGGGGCCUGAGAAACAGCAAGCAUGAGUGUACGCUGUCAUCACAGGAAUAUGUGCAUGAGCUGCGUUCUGGCAUUACUGAGGAGAAAUUGCUCAACUGCCUUGAGUCUCUGCGUGUGUCUCUAACCAGCAAUCCUGUCAGCUGGGUGAAUAAUUUUGGCCAUGAGGGUCUUGGACUGCUUUUGGAUGUACUGGAGAAGCUUCUUGACAAGAAACAACAAGAGGUCAUUGACAAGAAGAACCAACACAAACUCAUCCAGUGCCUCAAAGCCUUCAUGAAUAAUAAGUAUGGAUUGCAAAGGAUACUUGGGGAUGAGCGAAGCCUUCUCCUUCUGGCCAGGGCUAUUGAUCCCAAGCAGCCGAAUAUGAUGACAGAGAUUGUGAAGAUCCUGUCUGCAGUCUGUAUUAUUGGAGAGGAGAACAUUCUGGAUAAGAUCCUGGCAGCCAUGACAAUUGCAGCCGAGAGAAACAACAAAGAGAGAUUCGCUUCAAUAGUAGAGGGUCUGGAGAACCACGAUGCUCAGCAGCUUCAGACAGCCUGUAUGCAACUAAUCAAUGCCCUAGUCACCUCUCCGGAUGAUCUGGACUUCAGAAUCCAUUUACGGAAUGAGUUUCUGCGCUGCGGCCUGAAGAAGAUCCUGCCAGAGCUGAAGGAGACAGAAGAAUUGGACAUUCAGCUGAAGGUGUUCAAUGAGAAUAAGGAGGAGGAUUCUAUUGAGCUCUCACACCGGCUUGAUGACAUCCGCACAGAGAUGGAUGAUAUGGAUGAGGUUUACCAUAUUCUGUCCAACAUGGUGAAAGAUACAGGCUCAGAGUCCUAUUUCCUAUCCAUUCUUCAGCACUUGCUGCUCAUCAGGAAUGACUACUAUAUCAGACCUCAAUACUACAAGGUGAUUGAAGAAUGUGUGGCUCAGAUUGUUCUUCACCGGAGUGGAAUGGACCCUGACUUUGGUUACAGAGAGCGACUAGAUGUAGACUUCACCCAACUCAUUGAUCAGUGUGUAGAUAAGGCCAAGUUGGAGGAGAGUGAACAGAGAGCAGCUGAAUUCUCCAAAAAGUUUGACGAGGAAUUCAGUGCACGACAGGUGGCACAAGCUGAGUUGCAGAAACACGAGGAGAAAAUCAAAGAGCUGGAGGGGAAGAUCACCUCCAUCCAGAGUCAGGUUGCAGCUGGAGGCACUCAAAGAGUUCUAUUACCAACAGAACCACCUCCUCCUCCCCCUCCACCAGGAGCACCCCCUCCACCAGGAGCACCCCCUCCACCUCCUCCUCCCCUUCCAGCAAGUCUGGGACCUCCACCACCACCACCACCACCACCUGGCUUUGGUCUGCCACCUCCACCCCCUCUUCCUGGAGGAGUUCCUGCACCUCCUCCACCUUUCUUUGGAGCUCCAGGUCUCCCUCCUAUACCAGCUGUCCAAAAACUACCUUAUGGCCUACAGCCCAAGAAGACUUAUAAACCUGACACAGCAAUGAAGAGGGUCAACUGGUCCAAGAUAGUGCCUCAGGAGAUGGCAGAGAAUUGCUUUUGGAUCAAAGUCAAAGAGGAGAAAUUUGAGAACCCGGAUCUAUUUGCCCAACUCUGUCUCAUUUUCUCAUCCAAGUCCAGAGUGAAAAAGGAUUUGGAGGAAACAGAUAACAGAAUGACACAAUUUAAGAAAAAAGCAAAAGAGUUGCGAAUCCUGGAUGCCAAAACGGCCCAAAAUCUGUCCAUUUUCCUUGGAUCGUUUCGAAUGCCUUAUGAUGAGAUCCGGGAUGUUGUCCUGGAGGUGGAUGAGGAGAAGCUGAGUGAGGCGUUAAUCCAGAACCUGAUCAAGAAUCUCCCUGAACAGAAGGAGCUGAGCUCUCUUGCUGAGCUGAAGAGUGAGUACGAGGAGCUGUGCGAGUCAGAGCAGUUUGGCAUUGUGAUGAGCUCAGUGAAGCUAUUGCGCCCUCGUCUGAAUGGAAUCCUGUUCAAGCUGACGUUCGAGGAGCAAGUAAACAACAUCCGUCCUGACAUCAUGAACGUCACCUUUGCAUGUGAGGAAGUGAAGAAGAGUGAGAGCUUUAGCAAGCUCCUGGAAUUGGUACUGCUUGUGGGAAACUACAUGAAUGCAGGCUCCAGAAAUGCCCAGACUUUUGGGUUUAACAUCAACUUCCUCUGCAAGCUACGGGACACAAAGUCAACAGACCAGAAUACAACACUAAUGCAUUUCUUGGCUGAGAAGUGUGAGGAGAUGUAUCCACAGAUCCUGAAGUUCCCUGAUGAGCUGGAGCAUGUGGAGAAUGCCAGCAAAGUGUCUGCUCAGACCCUGAAAGCCAGUUUGGACUCAAUGGAGUGUCAGAUCCAGAGGCUGGAGAAUGACAUCCAGAACUUCCCCAAGACAGAUGACAAGCAGGAUAAGUUUGUGGAAAAAAUGUCCGGUUUCUCCAAACAUUCACGAGAGCAGUACGAAAAGCUCUCCACCAUGCACAGGAACAUGCAGAAGCUCUAUGAGACCCUGGGAAGCUACUUUGCCUUUGACCCACACUCCAUUAGCAUUGAGGACUUUUUUGGGGACCUGGCUAACUUCUGCACCCACUUCAUGGAGGCUGUGAAGGAGAACCACAAGAAGAGGGAGAUGGAGGAGAAGAUCAAGCGAGCCAAGCUAGCGAAGGAGAAAGCUGAGCGGGAAAAGCAGGAACGGCAGCAGAAGAAAAAGCAACUGAUUGACAUGAACAAAGAUGGAGAAGAGACAGGUGUGAUGGACAGCCUGAUGGAGGCCCUGCAGUCUGGUGCAGCCUUCCGUGACCGCAGAAAAAGAACGCCACGCGCUGACAACCGUCGCACUGGUUUGGAAAGAUCACGCUCCCGGCAUAACACAAACACUAUGGGUCGAUGAUCACAGUCCGUCUGUGCACAUUAGCCAAGUGCCAAAGACCUAGGAGUGGGUGCACACUGGAGGUAAAAUAUGGAUAGCUCACAUUUGUAUGUGCCUUCCAGCGUGGCAGGAUCCUCACAACACAUACACACACACAAAAAAACAAAAAACAACAAAAAAACGAUCUUCAUAAGUGAAGACUACAAACUUCACAGAAUUGCUACUGUUACACUGCCUUACAUGUGCAAUCUGUGUAUUCCUUUCAUAUUAAAAAUUUCCUUAACAUAUUGUUUUAAAUUUCCUUCAAAUCUAUUAUUGUCAUUUUCCUGAUUGUGAUGGGUUUGCAUUCAUCUUUAUGCUUCCCAUAAUGCUAAUACAGGGUGUCCCAAAAGUCUCAAUACAUAGGGGACUAUGUAUGCCAGCACCAUAUCAGUUGUGCCUUCGUCAGUGGAUGUUCAUGGAGGUCCACUUCACGGUUGGUCCGCAACACUUCCAGUCUUUAUUAAUUUGUUAAUAAGUUUGUAAGUUUGGCAACACUAGUUGUGUGUGAUGUGCUUGCCAUGUUUCCUGUUAAAGUUCAUCACAUCCUUGUGACAGCUUCCCAAUCCAGCCAUGAGAAUGUUUGCAAUUCAUUCUUCUUUUGUCAUUCUUAAAGGCUAUCUGGGGAAAAUAUAUAUGUGUGUGUGUGCGUGUGCGUGCGUGCGUGCAUGCGUGAGUGCGUGCGUGCGUGUGCAUAUGCUUGCGUGCGUGUGCAAAACUUUUGGAAGACCUUUGUAUGGAGACUUUUGGGACACCCUGUAGUUUCCUGUUGUACAUGAAUGUUUGAGUAGGUUUGAGUGGUUAAUGUUUUUUAUUAUUUGACAAGUACAUAUAAAAUUGUAGUCGAUUAAAUGAUCUACAAUUGUGUAUGGCAGGACAGAACUAUAUGUAUACAAAGGACUCAUUUGCUGCCAUUAAUUGAACAAAACCUUGGCCUGAUUUGUACUCUGAUUUUCAUUCCCUUACCUGUUCACCCAUCUUUCAGUUUCAACUUAUACUGAUCAUUAUAUUCUCUCUAUAUAAAAUGGAAUUUAAUUUUAGCCUCAUUAAUAUAUGGUAUAUGAGAUUUGUCUUAGAGAUUUACACAUGACUGUUUUUUAUAAAUUCCACUUGUGCCAGCUCAACCAGUUAUUUUUUUUUUUUGUAACCCCCUGUGAUAUUUUCUAAUGAACUUACUUGGUUCUGUAUCAUCAAAACAUGAAGAAACUUAAACCACAGCGUCUUUGAAGAUAAAGCAUUUAUUGUCUAUAAAUGAAUCAAGUAAACUGUACGAGCACCCUGCCACAUCCAUGCACCCAUGUUAAUCAGUUUAUAACAUGAGUUGUUAGUCAUAUCUGACCACCCACUCUCCUAUACGUAUGAAAGUAAGCUCUUUCAUGAGCUUAUUAUUGGGUCCCAUAGGAUCCCCGUGCUGAUGCACAUUUUUUAUUUGUCUGGCAAAUAACACUUUUUUUUCCUUUGAAUCUGGAGUAGCAUAAAAGAUGAAAAUGCUAUAUAUAAACACUUUAAGCAUAUCCUUUAAGCAUGUCCCAUGUCAGAGGUUAGUUAGAAGAUAGUGAGAACUGUUGUAUUAGAGUAACUUGAGGUAAAUAAGUAUUGCAGUUUUUAUAUUUUAUGAUGCAGUGUAAUUUCUGUCUUGUUUGGUUCUCUGUUGUGAAACAGAGAAGUUUUUAAUCAAAAAAUAUCAAUAAGUGCUGACUUGUGUGAUCCAUUGGCUGCAUUUAAGCGCUUGUUGGUUGACCCAGCCUGCCCAAGCACUUAGUCUCAAACUUUCCAGUCCUUCCCUGCUUUUUGAAAAGUGUUAUAUGUCCAGAAUCAAGAAAAGUUCAAGUAGUUUUGUUCACUGCACAUUUUUCAUGUUUCAUGUUUGUAUUUCACCCUUCAUAGAAGUAUUUAGCCAUAAUUUAACUCAUUGUUAAGAUGUGCUGCUGUAUCCUUGAGAGGGGUAAUGACAGAAAAGAUUCAUGUAUACAUGUAUACACAUGACAUUGUAGCUGCCUCUAAGUGGAAUUCAUUAUUAAAAUCACACUUUAGCCCCAUCUGCCUUUUUCUCGUUGUUUGAAUAGCUGCUUGCUAUCAUAUCUUUUUUUGUUAUUAUUAUUAUUAUUAUUAUUAUUAUCAUUAUUAUUAUUAUUUAAGUAAAUCACACUGUGCAAUCAAAACAAAGGUAUUGGCUGUUAUGAAUCUUUUGUGGGCACUAACAACACAGCUUAUUUCUGCCAAUGUAUUAUGCAUGGCUAUAGAGACAUAAUCUUUGUUAUAAUAGAGUAGCAAAAAUUCCACUCUUAUGCUAUGACUAUCCUUAAGCUGCAAGAUGCACUGCUUUUAGGACAUUUUCAUCCAGUUUUGUUGUUAUUCAAUAAUCAAGGAGCAGCAAUGAGUUCAAGAUGUAGAAAGGCUGGAAAUUUUCCAACUUUCAUGUAUACACAUGACUUAAAAAUGUUAUUAAUCGUACUUAAAUAGCAAGUUUAUUACUACGCUUUUACUGAAGGUAUUAAAAGAAUAAUUUGAUCAUCUUAAAUAGACCUGUUAAAAUUCACACAUUAAUAUAAUAUAAAAUAAAGUGAUUGUUGCUUAUUGUAACUGAAUACAUUUUAAACAGGAUGUCAUUGAAGCAUGUAUGUGUUUUGAAGCAUUUGAAAUGUGUACAGUUUACAACUAGAGAUAGCCAAUAUGAUUCACUAUAGCUAUAGAAAAGAAAUCCAAGUAAAUAUAUAGAAAAAAAUAGAUAAAAAUAAAGUGUUUCAGUAUAGUGUUGGACAGCUUUAUAACAUCUUGCAUAAGUAUUCACCCACACUGAAUGUUUCCACAUUUUGUAGUGUUUCAACAUGAAAUUUAAAUAUACUUAAUUGGGAUUUUUACCAUUUAAUUUACAAAAUAUGUCUAACAUUUUAAUGUGUAAAAUGUGGAAGAAAAAAAAAACAGUUUAGGGAAAGGAAAUAGAACUACCUGUAAGUCUUUUGGGAUAUGUCUCUGUCAGCUUUGCAGAUCUGGAUCCUGAUAUUUUUGCCUAUUUUUGUAAAAGUUAUAUCAGUUUGGGUUAGGUAGAGACCACUGCUGAGCAGAUAUUUUGAAGUAUUGCGACAGAUUUUCAAUCAGCUUGAGAUCUGGGUUUUGACUGGGCCAUUAACACAUUCAGGCUCUUGGUUAUGAACCAUUCCAGACCAUCUUUGGCAGUAUGCUUAAGGCCACUGUCUUGUCAAAAGUUGAACCCCAGCCUUAGUCUCAAGAAUAUAUUUUCUUAAAGGAUUGACCUGUAUUUGGCUUCUUCUAUCUGACCAGAUUUCCAGUUGGUGCUGAUUAAAAAGCAUCCCCAUGCUUCACUGUAUAGAUGUUGUUCUCAGACUAAUGGGUUUUUUCUCGGCACCCUUCAAUGUAGCGUAUCUGAGCUAUAGUUGUCCUGUGAACGGCUUCUCCCAUCUGAGCUGUGGUUCUUUCCAGCUCCUUCAGAGUUACCCUUGGCCUCUUGGUUGCUUCUGGUUAGUUCCUUACUCGGUCACUAACUUUUGGUCCUCUAGUGUGUAGUUUAGUUCCAUUGAUUAAUUUGGUUUAACCAAACACAGAUUGAUACACUUCAAAAACUAUGUAAGACUUGUUUUGAUAGCUUCUUGUUUUUCAUUUAUAUUAACAGCAUUUGGCAGGCGCCCUUAUCCAGAGUGACUUCCAUUCAUCUCAAUAACACAACUGAGCAGUUGAGGGUUAAGGGCCUUGCACAAGGGCCCAGCAGUGGCAGAUUGGUGGUGCAGGGAUUUGAACUAACAACCUUGUGAUCCUACUUGUGAUGCUUGUGAUUACCUACUAAGCUACCAUUUUCACAAUCAGAUGUAUGACGCGUCAAAUGUUGGACGUGUCAUCAUUUUUUUCAGUAAAUAUAUUUCCUAUACUUAUUUCCCCCACUGUAUGUAUGGAAUGCCAUGUCCCUUGCCAUGUGGCUUUGUGAAACAAGUUAAAUAAAAUUAUUUAAAUUAAUGGCAUAUUUCUUAUUAAAAAUUAUUUCAAUAAUAAAAAUUAUUGAAUCACUUAAUGUUGAAGAACAAAUCAUGGAAUCACCUUGUAAUUUGCAUUUCAAAACAAAUAUCAGCAAGUCUAAAAGUGCUAAUUAAUUUGCAGUUAAGAGAAUGCUCAUAGACCUUACAGACUUUAACCUUGGAAUUUUUAAAAAGGAAACCCGGCCCCAACAAGAGAGUUGUCAAUUAAAACAAUGGAAAAGAUUUUAAAACUCCUUCAAGAAGGAAAUCCAGCAUAUAGUGUGGCAAAAGAUGUUGGUUGUUCCCAGUCAGCUGUGUCUAAAAUGUGGUGCAAGUAUAAACAAAAUGGGAAGGUUAUAAGAGGAAAACAUACGGGUAUACCAAGGAAGACAUCAAAGCAUCAGGAUACAAAACAAAGCAAUAUGCCUUGUAAAUAGAAAAUGCACAACAAAACAGAUUAAAACAAAUGGGUGGAAAUAGGAGUCAAUGUUUGUGACAGAACUGUAAGAAAUUGGUUGAAUGAAAUAGGAUUUACAUAUAGAAAAGUCAAACGAAAACCAUAUAGAAAAGUCAAACGAAAACCAGCACUAACACCUUACCAGAAGGAAACAAGGUUACAGUGGGCUAAAGAGAAGCAUUCGUGGAGUGUGAAUGAUUGGAUGAAAUUGAUAUCUACAUUAGCCAAGGAAAUGAUGAACAAAAUGAACUUUUGUCUGGUACUGUUCUAAUGAAACAUAAAGAUUAGUGCCAGAAGAAAACAAUCAAAUUCCUGUUCCCAUUUAUGAUAUGGGGUUGCAUGUCAGGUAAUUGACCAGGAGAGACCUCAACAGUCAAUACACGGGUGUACACUGAAAUUUUGGACACUUUUCUCAUUCCAUCGAUAGAAAAUAGGUUUGAUGAUGUGAAAGCUUUUCUUCAGGAAAGACAUAUCUCAAUGACAUGGCCAGCAAACAGUCCGGAUCUCAAUCCAAUUGAAAAGUUGAAAACCUGGUAAAAGAAAAAUACAAGGCUCCAUGCUGCAAAGCUGAUCUGUCAUCCGCUCUAUGAGAAAAUUGGAACCAGCUUGAUGGAGAUUAUUGGUAAAUGGUCUGCACUUACAUUGUGUCUUUUAACCAUACUAACCAGUAAUGUUCUUUACACCUGUACACCUGUUCUACAAUGUUCUUUACACCUGUUUUUCAUUCACCCUUUCACACACACACACACACCAAAGGCAAGGUAGCCUGCCAUCAGAGGCAACUUGGGGUUGUCUUUCCAAGGACGCUUUGGCAUGUGGUGUCACGUGGACUGGGAAUUGAACCACCAAUGAUGUGAUUAGUGGACAACCCACUCUACCACCUGAGCCACAGCUACCCUACAAAUGUUGUUUUUCAUUAGUGAAGUCCAUGCCUCAAAGCAUUCAGGCUGUCUUAAAAUCCUGAGGAGGAGCAACAGAGUACCAAUUAUGAUUUUUUUUGUGUUGAUUAUUCCAUAUUUUCUUCCUCAACAUUGAGUGAUUCCAUAAUUUUUUUCUUAUACUUGAUCUCAAAGAACAGAUGCUAUUAAUUAAAACUAUUUAAUUUAAUUUGUUUGAGGUAAGUACUUAAUACAGACACUUUCUGUCAAAAUGUCUGAUUGAUUUAUGCCCCUAUGUAAUUUAUGAUCCUCCUUGUUCCCCUGGCUGGCAGUUCUGUAGGUUGUGUAAAUUUAUUACCUCUGGUAACCUUAUUGAUCUUUAUGUGUGUGUGUGUGUGUCUGUCUGUCUGUGUGUGUGAGAUAAUGGACAUGGACCCAGGUUUUCUGGGUCUGUGUUGAGCAGGAUACUCCGAAUGAUUACGAUGUGUUUAUGUUAAUGAGUUUAGUGUGAACCCUGCUUUUUACAGUUUAUUCCACACAGUGCAUACAUUUGUGGUAGAAGUGAAUAUUUGUUUCUGAAAUUACUUUUCCAGUAAGUAUUGUUUAUUUUGAAGUGUAAGCAUACUUCAAGAGAAUAUGAUUGUUGUAAGAAAGUGUAUCAAAUGGUUAGCUAUGAUACGCAUGUGUAUUAAUGUGGUCGUUCCAUUUUGUGUAACUAGGCCAUCAGAAAAUACUAGACAUGAUGACUGAAUGUGUAUGUUGUAUUAGAAUUGUGGACAUAACGUGUAUGUGUAUGUGUAUGUAUAUGGCUGAUUUAUGUGUAAUCACAUUGUCAAGAAAUGAACAGACUGAUGUUUGUGAAAUUAUUUAAACAUUUGUUGAUUACAUUCUUGAGAAAAACACUGUGAUGUGUAUAAAAUUUCUACAGUCCCUCGAUGUUGUAUGAUACCGUUGUUCUCUUUUAUUGAAAUAAAUAC